AUGUCUACAGUUGAACAACGUACUCAUCCACCGUCGUCACCACCAACCAUAACAUCAAAUGUUCAACAACAACCGCUAUCGUCAGCAGACAUUGGUAAAUUAGUUUACUAUAUACAACAGAAACAACAAAAACCGUUGGAAUCUCUCAAUGAAUCUGUCCAAGCGACCGCUCCAAUAUUCCACAAAACCCAAAGUCUAACAAUAUUGGCUCAAAAGUAUGGUUAUUAA